CCAAAAAUUCAUCAUUUCUUUUUUUUUUUUUUUCUUUUCUUCUUUCUCUCUCUUACUACUACUUAACAAAAAGAACCCAAACACUCUUUCCCUUCAUUCUUUCUUCUUCAAAAUUCUUGCUUUCUUCAUCUUCUUCUUCAAUGGCGAACAACCCAGAUACUCCUAACCAAGAUUUCCUCGAACAGCUUCUUGAGAUGCAGACUUACGCCGCCGCAGCUGCCGCCGCCGCUGCCGCCGGUGACCCUAAUUUGGCGGGAACUGAUGUGAAUUUGGGCCCCGGAGCUCCGAUGAUGCUCCAAUUAAGCUCCGGCCCAGGUGGGUUUCAUGGGCCAUCCGUUUUUCCGUUGGGCUUGAGCUUGGACCAGGCUGGUAAGCCCAAUUCUGGGUUUAUGAAACAUGACGAGGGUUCUAGUAGUGCUAAUAAGCGUUUUCGUGAUGACCCUCAACAUCAUCUUGUUGAUACUUCUGCUAAUUCUGCUCAUAAGAAUGUAUACCAUGGCCAGCCAAUGUCGAAUCCUGUUCCCGUGGCGCCGCAUCAACCUGCUGUUCGUCCGAGAGUACGAGCGAGGCGAGGACAGGCUACUGAUCCACACAGUAUUGCUGAGAGGUUGCGUAGAGAGCGAAUUGCUGAAAGAAUCAGGGCAUUGCAAGAGCUUGUUCCAAGUGUCAACAAGACAGACAGAGCUGCUAUGCUUGAUGAAAUCGUGGAUUAUGUGAAAUUCUUGAGGUUGCAAGUCAAGGUUUUGAGCAUGAGUAGAUUGGGUGGAGCUGGUGCAGUGGUGCCACUCGUUACAGACAUGCCAAUAUCAUCUGUUGAGGAAGAAGGUGGGGAAGGUGGGCGAGGUCAACCCGUGUGGGAAAAAUGGUCGAAUGACGGAACUGAAAGACAAGUUGCAAAGCUCAUGGAAGAGAAUGUUGGGGCCGCAAUGCAAUUCCUUCAAUCCAAGGCACUUUGCAUCAUGCCUAUCUCACUUGCAUCCGCAAUCUACCACACUCAGCCGCCAGAUGCAGGGUCACUUGUGAAGCCCGAGUCAAACCCACCUUCAUAAAUCUCCAUAUCAGAAGGUGAUUUUCCUCAGUUUCCUUCAUCUUAACUCGCUAAUCUGAUCUUGGGUCCUACUCUAUAUAGCUGUCGAAAUCCAACCUCUCCACAUAAAUCAGUUCAAUCAUCUCAUCUUUGAAUUUGAUAUCAAAGUCAGAUGCCAUAGUGCCCAACCUUUUUUUUUAUUAGUUUUGUCAACAAAUAGGGACUAAUAUCAUGGCUGAAAAAUUGGAAGCACACCUCUAACAUUAGUCUUUGUUGAGUUCAAGUAAAGGCAAGAAAUUGGGGAAAAUCGUCAAAGCUUAACUUGAUUUUCUGAAUUUUGAAUUCUAAUAUGGUGGGGAUGAAGAGUUAGUGGUGGAUGACAAAAGCACUUUAUGUAAUAUUAUGUUAGUGGAGGGUUGUCAAUUUUUUUUUCCUCUUUGUUAGUGGGUGGUGGGACCUUGAUAAAGGAAUGGAUGAGUACAUAUAUCUUUUGUAAUAUGUUAUGUAUUUUUCUUAUCAGGAAAGGAUGCAGAUUUUAGAAAGGAUAAUGUUUAGUUGUCCAGAAUAGCUUCUUUUAUUGUAUAGUUCAAUUCAUAUCAUUUAAUUAUGUUUUAUGUUUUGAUCUUUAUUUAGGAGGGUGGUUGGCCUUAUGUUUUAUAAAGUCAGCUGACAAAUUUGAUCUCUUUUUAGCCCCAUCCCCUGAAUAAUUAUAUGCCUGUAGAAUCAGUUUUUUUUUUUUUUUCCUUUCUUUUUUGUUUGGGGGGAACCCAUUUGCUUACUUUGCAGCUUAGGUGGGUAUUUCAUUUGUCGUCAUAUUUUGCUGCCAAAGUAGCUGUUGAUUUAUCUUACCAACCUCUCUUGAAAGGAGUCUAGGUAGGUGUACAUACUAGGGGAUACCCCCGAGUCGCUUUCUUAAGCACUAUGAGUUUACUCUUUUGUUUUCUUAUGUGAAGUGGGGUGGUUGGGUUUUAUGACUUUUAUCUCCAGCCACUCUAGUAGUUAGAGAGCCUGAGCGAGUGAGGGUUAUAAGCUAUUGGAGGGGUUGAGGAAAAAGGAACAUCCACCAAAAGCAUCUUACUCAGAGCUAGAUUAGAUAUGAGAUGGUUUAUCAUUAGUAUUCUGAAAUCAAGGAGUAUAUGUUUUAGUGUGUUGCUAUAAAUCAGUGUGAAAUGGUUUUGUUUUAAGUCUAGCUAGUCACAAACCCAUACUUGAAGCGCUAUAAUAUUGAGGGGUGGUGUGAUCACUUUGCUUCCACAAUCGAGUCAGCUAAGACACACUAUGAGUUUAAUAAUUUGCUUUCCUAUGUAAGGGUAGCUGGUUGGUUGGUUAUUGUCUUUGUAUCAAGCCAGUCUAGUAUUGUUUUUUGAGGGAGGCUAAGUGGCUGCUUAAGGUCUUUUAGUGAUCUCAAUGUGUGCGCAUAUGAUGGGGUACUUUUGGUAGAGUAAGCUCCCUACUUCCCUCCCAUCAAGCUAGCUUGUUUCUGACCUAAGGCUGAAAUUGGGAACCAGUGACUUGAGAGAAGGGGUUCGGCCUAAGGCCUGGGGGGUGCUUUGUGAAGCAGGUUAUGGUUAUUAACUUACACAGCCCAAGAAAUUGGCCUUGAUAGGUAAUAAUCGAGAGAGCAUAAUAAGUUUAUAAGACUAACACAGGAUAUCAUCUCUACAACAUAUAUUUGACAGUGUAUAUAUGUAACCAAAUAUAAACAUUGUAUAAUCUGCAUCUAUUCGAGUGAAGUCACAUGAAUAAAUACUCCACAACCAUGUUAUAAACCAGGGCUAGACUGAUGUAUGGAGCAGGGCUGUCUCGCAUAAAAAGCUGGGCUAACUGAGUUAACCUUGUUAAUCUGUGUUUGAUCGAUUGUUGGAGACUUGGAUGAUGUUCCAGUCUGUGAUCUGGUCCGUUGGCCACCUCAAGUAUACUUCCCUUUGAUCCUCUCGGGUUGAAGCACAUGCUUUCUUUACAACUUCAACGAAAAAGCCAGGCAAUGUGCUUACUAAUUGUAGUUGAAGAAUGCCGUGCCAAUAAUCGUAUGAUGGUGAUUAUAUCGGAAAACUCUUAGAAGAUGAAUGAAAUACAAAGUAUGAACUUUUUCAAACUUGGAUUACAUGACAAUUUGAACAAUGGGUAUAGUUAAGCUAUAAACUUGGCACAAAGUGGACACGACCCCUGCUGGAGGAUGAUGAGUACAAGUACACAAACAACUAUGAACUGUGAAGAUCAACUUCAUAGUAGAUCAAGAUUACAAAAAUUACCAACAUAUUAUAGCAUGUGUAUAGAUAAAAGAAAGAUCAAACAAAUAAAAUCAAGUUGGACGCUUCAAGUAUGUAACUCUAUACCCGAUAGGAGAACAGAUUGUAACGGUUAGAUCCCUUUUUCAUCAGAUAAGAGGAAUUAGGGUUGUAUAAAUUACAAUAAACCAUUUUUGUUUAUCAUGGAGAUUAACUUGGGCCGCUUC